GCAAAGCGUCUGGAUACGAGGCUUGUAGUUGGCUUCUGUAAAACUAUCUUGACCGUUAAUGAAUAUGAAAAACAGAUGAAAGCAGAGGACUGUGAAUACCAUUUUUUUGUAUUUUAUAUACUUAGUUAGCUACUCUUUAUUACAGCGCCUAAAAACAACAAACAUCAAGAACGUCUUCCUCCAACCAAAUCAACCAUCAAUUCGACAUCAGAACAGGAUGUCCAAAUUUAGCUUCAGGAGAAGUGAAAAGAAAGCCUUUAAGCACAUAGCUCAUGGCUUGAUCCCUGCAGCGACCAUCGCCCCCCGGCCUGCUGUACCCCGUACCCCUCCCCCUCGCAGCCCACACCCCUCUCCAGAGAGACCCAGGUCUGCCUUGGCAGCCGCCAUCUUGUCGUCGUCGUUGACCGGGCGGACCAUCGCCCUCCCGCCUGCACGCCCCAGAUCCUUCUCCGAGAGCGACUGCUCACGCUCAGAGACACACACCACCUUCGAGCCGUACGCCAGCACAGCGCUCUACACGAAAGACAGAUGGCCAGAGUCUUUGGCUGGCCGGCCUCGCUUGCCCUCUCCUGGGCUCUCUGACGACCAUGAUGAUGAUGAAGAGGAGGAGGACGUAGAGAGAUCGGUUCUGUCAGAUGAAGAUGGUCAUGUCUACCAAUCUCUCGAUCGCCGGGGGAGAAGUCCGACCAGAGACAGAUAUGACAUCUACGCCCGGCCUGUAAAACAGAGUGAUGUUCUGUCAGAGGGCAGAGAGGAGACUGAUGACUCCGCCUUCGACGUAGUGUCCCCUCUACCUCCAGAGGAAGCUGAGGUUGAACAGCCACCAGUUCAGAAGGCCGCAUCACCCAAACUUGAGCAGAGGCCUUCGUCUUGGUCUCGUAGAAGCAUGCCUUCCCCAGACUUGACAGAAGAAAGAUUCUGUGCGUCUAAGAAGAGGUCUUCAGCCCAGAAGACCAAGAGUUCAGGAAGCAGGAGAGAUGGACCAUCAGAGGCCAGCAGUGCCUACAGAGAGGUUGUGGACAUGCAGAAGGAGAUGGUUCGGUCUUUAACAGAGCAGAACCAGGCCCUGGGGGCAGACAGGAGGGUGCUGGAGCAGAGGUGUACAGAACAGAGCCUGCAGCUGCAGAGGAGCCACCAGAGGGUCCGGAGUCUGGAGCAGGAACUCAGCAAGGCCUCUGUCCCUACAGCAGGUGAGCAGGCAGAACUGCUGAGUCUGAGGCAGCAAGCCCAGGAGCUGGUCGACGAGAAUGACAGCCUGAAGAUGACCGUCCAUCGCCUCAACGUGGAGCUCAGCCGCUACCAGACACGCUUCAGACCCCUGGGCAAAGAAGAGAGCUCCAGGACCCAUGGCCUUCCACUUAAAGGAUCUGCUCCACCCUGGCUGCUGGACAUGAAGUAUUUAUCUCCAUUGUUGCUGGCUUAUGAAGACCGGCUCACUGAGAAAGAUGCUCUCCUGCAGGCCUCGGAGGAGGAGUUGAGAAGGUUCCGGGUCCGUGUGGAGGAGGUGGUGCAGGAGAACCAGAAACUACACCAGGACCUGAAACAGACUGGAGGAGUCAGCCACAAGGAGUGGAGGCAGCUCCAGGAGCAGGCCCGUCUGGUACUUCAGGAGAACCAGGUCCUGAUAGAGCAGCUGGAGGUGCAGCAUACUAAGGCUAAGGACAGUCAUGGGAGACAUUUGACUGAAGUCUCUAAGGUGUGUAAGCAGCUGAUGUUGCUGGAGGCAGAGAAGCAGCGGCUGGAGGGGGAGCUGGAGGUAACGAGGAGAGAGCUCCACACUCUGCAGACAGAUCACCUCCAGGCACGGUGCAGUCUGGAGAAUGCUGUCAGCUGGGACGAACACCACGCCAUCGCCACCAAACUCAAACGCCAACUGGAGGCUGAUUCAGGCCGUCAGCAGACUGAGCUAGAGGAGCUGCAGCAGAGAGUGACUGGUCUACAGACGGAGAAGAACAGUCUACUGUUGGACAAGACCAACCUCGCUGCAGACAUCAAGAGUCUGGAGGCUGAACUGGAGGUGUCUCGACAUGCUAACAGGAAGGCCCAGAGGCGUAUAGGCCUGUUGAAGCAACAAGUUGAUGACUCUCUAGAGAAGGAGAUGAGAGCCCAUCACUACCUGUCCUCUAUCGUAGCUCUGGCUGAGAAGACCACACAGGAGAGAGACCAGCUAGUAUACAUGGCCUCGUCCCUGGAGCAGGACAAGCAGGGGGUGAUCAGCAGGAUUGUGGAGGACACCGUGCGUCUCGGAAAGCUUCAAGAGAAGGUCAAGGUUUACAAGAAGCAGGCAGCCUGCAGCCUGGGGGUUCUGGGCCAGCGGCUGGUGGAGCAGGAGGAGGACUUUGCAGGGAGGGCUGCCUCUUACCAGACAGAAAUACAGCACCUCCAGGGGCUUCUACGAGACAAACAGCAGGACCUGGACGGAGUGCUGCAGCAGAAAAGAGAGGUGGAAGGUGAGUUGGAGGUGGUGUGGGAGGCAGCGACCAGAGAGAACCAAAGGAUUAGGGAGACCCUCCAGGACUCCAGCCCAUCUCUCCCCUCCCUCAGCCCAGCCAGAGGGCACCACGGCAGGGGUCUGAGCGAUGGACCCUCCCCCGGAUGGCUCUCCCACCCCCAGGAUGAGGUGUUCUACGCCCGUCCGCACCCUGACAGCUCUGGCCCUCCUCCCUGCGUCUCCUCUCCCCAGAGCGGCGGCCGGCCCGGCCCCCACCACAGCCCUAUGUUCGAGUCCGACUCGGACCAGCACCAGAACCCCUCCUCAGACGAGAGCGAGAAGAACGGCAUGGACUUCUAUUCUUAGUGUCCCUUUUGUAUUGGUCUUACAGAAUCAAAUCAAAUGUAUUUAUAUAUCCCUUCGUACAUCAGCUGAUAUCUCAAAGUGCUGUACAGAAACCCAGCCUAAAACCCCAAACAGCAAGUAAUGCAGGUGUAGAAGCACGGUGGCUAGGAAAAACUCCCUAGAAAGGCCAAAGCCUAGGAAGAAACCUAGAGAGGAACCAGGUUAUGAGUAUCUGUUUUAGUAGCCUGGUCCCAGAUCUGUUUUAGUGGCCUGGUUCCAGAUCUGUUUUAGUAGCCUGGUCCCAGAUCUGUUUUAGUAGCCUGGUCCCAUAUCUCUUUUAGUAGCCUGGUCCCAUAUCUCUUUUAGUAGCCUGGUCCCAUAUCUCUUUUAGUAGCCUGGUCCCAUAUCUCUUUUAGUAGCCUGGUCCCAUAUCUCUUUUAGUAGCCUGGUCCCAGAUCUGUUUUAGUUGCCUGGUUCCAGAUCUGUUUUAGUAGCCUGGUCCCAGAUCUGUUUUAGUAGCCUGGUCCCAGAUCUGUUUUAGUAGCCUGGUCCCAGAUCUGUUUUAGUAGCCUGGUCCCAGGUCUGUUUUAGUAGCCUGGUCCCAGAUCUGUUUUAGUGGCCUGGUCCCAGAUCUGUUUUAGUAGCCUGGUUCCAGAUCUGUUUUAGUAGCCUGGUCCCAGAUCUCUUUUAGUGGCCUGGUCCCAGAUCUGUUUUAGUAGCCUGGUCCCAGAUCUGUUUUAGUAGCCUGGUUCCAGAUCUGUUUUAGUGGCCUGGUCCCAGAUCUGUUUUAGUGGCCUGGUCCCAGAUCUGUUUUAGUAGCCUGGUCCCAGAUCUGUUUUAGUAGCCUGGUUCCAGAUCUGUUUUAGUUGCCUGGUUCCAGAUCUGUUUUAGUUGCCUGGUCCCAGAUCUGUUUUAGUAGCCUGGUUCCAGAUCUGUUUUAGUAGCCUGGUUCCAGAUCUGUUUUAGUGGCCUGGUCCCAGAUCUGUUUUAGUAGCCUGGUCCCAGAUCUGUUUCUGCUCUUGAUAACUCCAUUGUUCAUUGUCAAGCCAAACAUGACAAUUCCAUAAGGAGUAGAACCAGCCUGGUACCAGACUAGAACCACCCUGGUACCAGACUAGAAGACCAGGUCUGUAUUGGUCAGACUAGAACCACCCUGGCACCAGGCUAGAAGACCAGGUCUGUAUUGGUCAGACUAGAACCACCCUGGUACCAGACUAGAAGACCAGGUCUGUAUUGGUCAGACUAGAACCACCCUGGUACCAGACUAGAACCACCCUGGUACCAGACUAGAAGACCAGGUCUGUAUUGGUCAGACUAGAACCACCCUGGUACCAGACUAGAACCACCCUGGCACCAGACUAGAAGACCAGGUCUGCAUUGGUCAGACUAGAACCACCCUGGUACCAGACUAGAAGACCAGGUAUGUAUUGGUCAGACUAGAACCACCCUGGUACCAGGCUAGAAGACCAGGUCUGUAUUGGUCAGACUAGAACCACCCUGGUACCAGACUAGAAGACCAGGUAUGUAUUGGUCAGACUAGAACCACCCUGGUACCAGACUAGAACCACCCUGGUACCAGGCUAGAAGACCAGGUCUGUAUUGGUCAGACUAGAACCACCCUGGUACCAGACUAGAAGACCAGGUCUGUAUUGGUCAGACUAGAACCACCCUGGCACCAGGCUAGAAGACCAGGUCUGUAUUGGUCAGACUAGAACCACCCUGGUACCAGACUAGAACCACCCUGGU